GCCCUGCCUGCCUGGUGUGUUUAAAUAUGCUUCCCUUAGUUAACUGCACACUGGAAUACGAGCCCGAGGGAGAGCUGGGCGGAGAGAAAAGGGGUCGCGUCUCACCUUUCAGCAAAGAUAGAGAGGGGGAGAUAUUCGAAAAGUUCAGUCUGCCCUCGGCGCGCUUGCUUGCAAGGCACGACUAGCCCUCUCAUUAUUGGCCGCCUGUCAGCACCGUAGCAGACGGCAGAUGCGAGCGUUCAAACAAGAUCCGUUUCUGAGCUGAGCAGACCAUGCAGGCAUAGGCAGUUUGAGUAGGUUUUGUAAGAGGGAGGAGGACGGAAGGAAGGAAGCAAAGAGGGGAAAAGAGCCGGAGAAAAGUUUGUAAGGAGACUCGUGACGGAGACGUUGCCGGUUGGUCGCAAAGCGCCCGGUGGUGAAAGACUGUUCAGAGCUGGUAUCGCGGGGCAAAUCUAUCCUCAAAGAAACAGACAAGGGUUCCGUCGUUGGCCGCUGACCCGUGGAGAGAGGGAUUUUUAUUGAUAUUCGACAGCUGCCGGCCACUCGCCUGCUUCUGUUUGCUGGGAUUUAGAUGCGUUGGGAAGCCACCAUGCGGCGCGAUCCCAUUUUGUUCGCUUCCAGGGCCAUGGAGGAGUUGGUGUGUGAGCUGCGUCUGUUCCUGGACCUGCUGGACAGGGAGUAUCUGAGUUCUGGGGUCAGGGAGAAGAAGAUGCUCAUCUCCAACAUCCUCCACAGGGUCCUCAACGCUAAUGAGCCCUCGUUCAAGUCAGAGAUCCACAGCAGCCUCCCGGCCCCCCCUCAGAUGCCCCUCCCAGAGAUCCCACAACCCUGGCUGCCUCCAGACAACGGGCCUCCUCCUCUCCCCAGCUCGUCUCUCCCAGAGGGCUACUAUGAAGAGGCCGUCCCCCUCAGUCCUGGAAAAGCCCCAGAAUACAUCACCUCCAACUACGAUUCGGACCAGAUGAGCAGUUCGUAUGAGUCGUAUGACGAGGAGGAGGAGGACGGGAAGGGUAGAGGGAAGAAGAUGCGACACCAGUGGCCUAGCGAAGAGGCCUCCAUGGAUCUCGUCAAGGACGCACGCAUCUGUGCCUUCCUGCUGCGCAAGAAACGCUUCGGCCAGUGGACCAAGCUGCUCUGUGUCAUCAAGGACAACAAGCUGCUGUGCUACAAGUCAUCUAAAGACCAGGCGCCCCAGAUGGAGCUAGUGUUAUCAGGCUGCAGCAUCACACACGUCCCCAAGGACGGCAAGAAGAAGAAACACGAGCUGAAGAUAGUGCACCAGGGAGCAGAUGCCCUGGUCCUGGCCGUGCAGAGCAAAGAGCAGGCUGAGGAGUGGCUCAAGGUUAUGAGGGAGGUGUGCAGCAACGGAGGGGACUCAGAUGGAGCAGGCGCCGGGUCUCCUGUACAUAAGCCCGACCUGGAGAAGAAGGUGUCAUGUGAUAGGCCGAGCUCAGAUGGCGAGCCGCCCCAUGAGAACGGACACACCGUCACCGACUGUAAGGACCAAGGUAAAGGAAAGAAGGACUCUCAGAAGAGUCAGAAGGGAGGCACGCUGGGAAAAGGGGCGGGAAAGAAGAUAACUAAGAUAAUUGGCCUGGGCAAAAAGAAGCCGUCCACUGACGAACAGACAUCUUCAGCCGAGGAGGACAUACCCACCUGUGGCUACCUGAACGUGAUGUCCAAUAACCGCUGGCGUGAGCGUUGGUGUCGUCUGAAGGACAACCAGCUGUUGCUCCAUAAGGACCGCGCUGACCUGAAGACCCAUAUGGCCAGCCUGCCCCUCCGAGGCUGCGAGGUCAGCCCCGGGCUAGACUCCAAACACCCCUUCGCCUUCCGCCUGCUCCGCAAUGGACAGGAGGUGGCUGUACUGGAGGCGUCCUCCUCAGAGAGUAUGGGUCGGUGGUUGGGGGUGCUGCUCGCUGAGACUGGUUCCACCACAGACCCUGCUGCCCUGCACUACGACUACAUAGACGUAGAGACUACCGCUAACGUCAUCCAGCUGGCCAAGCAGUCCUUCUGCUUCACUAGUAAACGUGUUGUAUCUCCCAACCCCUAUCUGGACAACCCUGUGAACGGUUAUGCCUGCCCCUCUGGAAUGGCACUGCACUAUGAUGAUGUGCCCAUCAAUGGAACGGACCCAGAGGCGUUAUACUCCAGCCCUGCCACCGGAGGGCGACGUCUGAGAGAGGAGGUGUUGUAUGAGGAUGCUGACCUCUAUGAGAACAUGCCUUCGCCCAAACUGGCCGCCCGCUACUCCCCCAAGCCCAGCCGCCUAGCCUCUUCCUCCAGCCACGGCAAAACCCCUGGCCCUGUUAAAUCCAAAUUCCUCUCCUCCUCUUCCUCAGCUAACACUAACACUAAAGCCGGUACUCAGCUGAAGGGAAAGAAGGCCCCAGUGACCAAUGGGACAGCGUCUAAACAGAAGUUGGACAAGAACCAGGCCAAGAAGACCAAUGGAACAACCAGUGGAGCAUCUGUGAAACGCAACAACUCCAGCGCAGAGCAGUAUAAGUACGGUAAGAACCGCGUGGAGGCGGACGCAAAGCGGCUGCAGGCUAAAGAGGAGGAGCUGAUGAGGAGGAAGCAGGACAUCAGGAAUCGUCUGACCCAGCUGAAGAAGGACCGGAAAGACCUGCGCACCGCCAUGGAGGCCAGCACCGGUAAGCGUUCCGCUGUGUCUCUGGUGGAGCGGCUGAAGAAGGUGGAGGACGAGUGCAAGCUGAAGGAGGACGAGAGGGUGAGCCUGGAGCUGGAGCUGACGGAGGUCAAGGAGAGUCUGAAGAAGGCCCUGAGUGGAGGAGUCACCCUGGGACUCACCAUUGAGCCCAAGUCUGGCACCUCCAGCCCGCAGUCCCCAGUGUUGCUGAGGCGUACCCUAGAGAACUCUCCCAUCUCCAGCUGUGACACCAGCGACACAGAGAGCUGUUCUACUCUGCCCGUCAACAGCGCCUCCCUCCUCCGCAGGACGGCCAAUCAGAAACCCUCGACCGUCCGCGGCCACGUCCUCAGGAAGGCCAAGGAAUGGGAGAUGAAGACUGGCACAUAAGCAGCAACUCUCUUCACAAACGAUCCUAUUGUACCAGCUUGUUUUUUUGUGUGUGUGUAUAUAUUUAUUCACUUUUCACAUGGGGGAAGAAGGUUGAAGAGGAGUACACUACAAGCGUAGCAUAGCCAACCAGAAAGACGAUGCUGAUUUGAGUAUACUUUAUUUC